UGAGUUAAACACACAGCAGCAAGCCUUCAGCGCUGUACUACCAGUUUGCAUUUGACACUGGGGUUUGGAGGUUCUACUGGGUGAUCCAGCCAGGCCUCUCGAAUAGAAUGGGCAACAGUUUAUCUUGUAUCCCAAAGAGGGCACAUCAUUCAAGAAAGUGGACAAAAAAAUCGAGAGAUAAACGUGCCUCUAUCAGGGAACAAGUACAGCCAGAUAGUUAUGCCAAGUUGCAGAAGGAGCCAGCACCUAAUCUGAAUCAAACUGAUCUCAUCGCACAGGCACAAACAUGUUCAGUGAAGGAAACAAAGCGGUAUGAUAAAGCAGAUAUAGAAACUAGACUGCUCAACAAGCCCAUCAUGGAAUGGGAUCAAAGUGGGAUGAAGCUAGAAGAUCUAGGGAAAAUGAUUCAUUGUUCCACAGUUAAAAUCUGUCGUCAACCCUGCAAGGAUAUCAAUGACAGAUGUUUGGCGUUAUUCCAGAGCCAUCUGCUUAUUCUCUCUGAGGAUUUCCGUGGCUUCACUUACCAGGGCACACUCCCCUUAGCGGGGAUUAUGGUGAAUAACAUGGAGAAUACCAACAGCAGCUCAAAGCAGAGUCACGCAUUUCAAAUGACAGGUCCACUGUUACAUCCAUUUACAGUUUACUGUUCCACUGAGGGGGAGGUGAAGGAGUGGCUUUAUUAUCUCAACAAGCAAAGACAAGUGAACAGCAGAGUUGUCGAUUCACCUCUAACAAAAGCAUGCAGUCAGCUCAAUCAGAACUCCCUGGGACAACACACUAAAAAUGUUGAUCUGAGGACAUUAAUCCUGAACCGACCAAUACAAGGAGGUGAAAGGACUCGCAUUGAUUCAUUGGGCAGCAUUAUCUGGAUAUCAGAGGCUAAGUUACAGCAUUUACCUUUCCAGGACCAACACGAUCGUCUUUUGAUUCUCUUUCCAACAACGCUCCUCAUUCUGUCUGAAGAAGACCACACCUUACAUUAUAAGGGUGAGCUUCCGCUUAAUGCUAUAACAAUAUUUGAACAGGAUGAAUCUGACAAUGAUCCAAAUACAUUCUUGAUAGAAGGUAAAAUGAUCAACCAAAUCAUGGUGACCUCCAAGAAUAGAACAGCUCACCAAAACUUAAUACAUCACCUGGAUUCCGCAGGGGCCACAGUUCAAAGAGCUUCUCUGAUCAAUAAAGGACACGAUUACAAACACUCUCCAGAGUACAGAGAUCAGUUUGCAGACAAGCACGACCCUUCGUUAGAAUCACACAGGCGUGGGAACAGCCCGGCGACAGUGUAUGGAGUAUUCACAUUCCCCCAGAAACCAGUCGAAAUGAUUUCAGUUUCGGAAGACCUACCCACGCCGGUUACCGAGAAUAUGCUGGGUCCACUCAACUCUCCUGAUUAUGCUGAGCCUUACACACCUCCCCCAACGAAGCUCUUUGCACCAGCCGAACCUUUAAAGCUUACUUCGAUGGUUAACAGUCGAGAUCCAUCAAAAAAACACCAAGAGCAAAGUAUUGGGACAUCAGGAUCCAGUAUCUCCAGGUUAUCUCUUGUUUCAUUGCAGCCUGGCAGUACUACAAUCAGCUAUUGUUCACCUAGUGAUGAAAUCUUGAAUAACCCUCUGUCUCCAACAUAUGCUGUACCUUAUAUUCCGUUUAAGUUACAACCAGCCCCUCCUGCAAAACCUCUUUGGCUUAGAAAGCCCGUGUCCAGGCACAAUUCUUCACCAUUACCGGUCAGAGGGGGGGAUCAGAAUGUACCACUGCGAAAGACAUUUGCCUUGUCACAGCCACCAGCCCAAUCCAUUCACGGCUUCGGAAAGAAUCUCGGCUCAUUUACAGCCGGUCACUGCGAUGUGGCUUUGUCACCGGUAUAUGCUGAGCCUUUUGCAGCUGUUAAGAAGCAGCUCGCCCCACCGACAGUCAGACUUUCUGCUACAGGCCCUUUCGGCAAUCAAAAUGGUUCAUCGGCAAGAGACCAGUGGAGUAACACACAACUCUUGGCGCUGGAAUGCUUACCCCGCUCUUCUCUGCCGUCAAGUUCUCUAUCAGGGAGCAGCUCCUGUUCGUACCUGGACCAAAAUCACUUGACCAACCCUCUAUCUCCACCAUACGCCGAACCAUAUCUUCCUCAGCAGGUGUCUCCUGUUGAGCGUUUCUGGAUUAGAGAAGAAGUAUCACGGAGAGGAAGUGCUGAUAUUACUGUGCAAUGUUCAAAAGAUGACUCCUCUGAAUAUUAUGCAAUUAUACAGCUUUUAGACAGCUACCGAAAAGCCAAGAACAUGAGUUGGUACAGCGACGACAGCAGGUUCUCCUUAACGUCGUCUGAACACACCUAUGCAGAACUCGAGAGUGUCCAAGAAGACUCUGACUAUGAGUUUUGGGAUUUUGACUUCAAGCAACAAGACAUCCCGGGUCUUGCUGCUCCGACCCUUAUGAAGCUGUGUCAGCGGGGAAUAGUUGAUUCAAGGCUACAGGGCAGGGUGCACAGAUGGUCGUGAAUAUCUUAUAGGAACUUGUGCUUUUACCAUAUUUUUGGAAUACUGUCCCAUUUUGAUGUUGGACUGGGGUAUACCAAUCCUGACUCGUGGUUUGCUCCCUGCCAUUCAGCUCCAAUGUCAAUGUCAAUGCUGCCAUGCUUCAAGGAGAGGUUCAGAGUGUCUUUGAAGCGUUUUCUUUGUCCUCCCCUGGAACUCUGGCCAUUUGAGAGUUGGGAAAACAUGACCUGGAGGGAGAGACGGUUUUUGGCUGUCUGGACACAGUGUCCAGUCCACCUCCAUCCUUCAUCACACCCAGGUGAAGUGUUUACUUGAAUUUUGCAGCCUGUGAUUCUGGACUAGAUAAAAUGCAAAACAGUUACAAUAUUUGUGAAAUAAUUCAUGAUGUGAGCCGGUCUUAUGUCAUUUGUUUAUGUUAAUAUUGUUAUUGUUCAUAUUUUUAAUAAUAUUUCUAUUUGCUUUGCAAAACUAAAUUGCUUAAUGUUUAAUGCAGUUUAUUAAAGAUGCAUAAGAGGACAAUGUGAUAAUCCUAUCCAAUUGAAUAUCAUUCUAAUAAUUGGUCUGAAGUGCAUUUGUAACAAAUUAUGUAUACCUAUUAUACAUUUUGCAUUUUUUAUAAUGCUGAGCCAUUCUAAUGAAGCUUCCUGUGGUAUUAUUA